AUGACGAUGUGCCGUCUGCUGUGCGCCCUGUUGGUGCUCGUCCUGUGCUGCUGCCUGUCCGUGUGCACCUCAGAGUCUCCGGAGAAUGUUGAUGAUUCGAGGAAGACGACGAACAGGACAACACAGCUAUCAACCACUGACGAGCCGGGUGGCGCUGAUGGAAGCGUCAAUAGUCGUUCUUCUACUUCAGAGUCAGGACCACGGGUGGAAGGUGAGUCAGGGUCGCCAGGCACGGGGGCCACUGCGGGAAAAUCAGAAAAUAAUGCGCCAGUUACACCAGGCUCUACCGGUCCGGAAAAGCAAUCAAAUGAAGUUUCCAGUGCAGUACAGUCAAAUGGUACGAACGGUGCGACAGAGCCACCAAGUCCCACGGAUCCUUCUUCAGACAAAGGGGAACAGGAAGUUGAAGAUGCUGCCGCGACGACCACGACGACUACCACCACAACACAGGCACCAAGUACUACAACGACUACAGAGGCGACAACCACGACGACCACUACAACACAGGCACCAACAACCACCACUGCGCCAGUGGCACCAAGUACUACAACUACAGAGGCGCCAACCACGACGACCACCCGCACACCGUCACGUCUUCGUGAAAUGGACGGCAGCCUCAGCAGCUCUGCGUGGGUGUGUGCCCCGCUGCUGCUCGCCGUAUCCGCGCUGGCGUACACCACUGUGGGCUGA